GCCACCUGUUGGGAUGGACGUGCCCAGACCAAAUCAAAAGAUGACUUCCGUGUUCUUCUCCGGCUCUACGAAAUUCUUAGUGGCCGUGUUCUUAAUUACCAACAGUUUAUUGGCCGUCCAAUCAAAGACGAUAGUGCCAUUCAAGAAGAAUAUCGAUCAGGUGUUGAAAGAGUGGAAUUGCAACAAACCUCAACCACGAUUGGUUUAUCUAGAAGAUGAAUAUUCAGAUUAUAAUCCGGCGGCUAUUUACCUGCCUCACGCAGCUGUCGUCCAGCGUUGCGACAAAACCAUCGGAUGCUGCAAGACGGGCCAUCGUUGCUCGCCGGCCGAAGAAGAGGAGGUCACCUUUAUCGUCGAAGAAUUUCUACGUAGCAAAAAAAUGAAAAAGGAAAUCAUCCUGACCAAUCAUUUACGUUGCGAGUGUCAGAGCAUCUCCCAAGAACGCAAAUAACGUCGCUUUCUUCUUUUUUUUUUUUAAUCAAUUGCUCCAGUUUUAUCUUAAAUCAUAACCUGUAUAAAAUUAUCAACUGCUUUUAUGCAUAAGACGCUACGUAUUGCACGAAACACGAUUGGCCCUGUAAGCCAUUCACACACGCAA